AUGUCCUUCCCCCAUCUCCCCCAUCUCCAGAAAAAGCCCAAGUACUCAGCCACCCGCCGGCUUCUGUUAAAGUGCAAAAUCCUCAAAAAGGGGGAGAAGCUAUUGCUGCAAGAGGAGGAAGACAAGGUUGUGGAGAGAGAGAACGCGCUGAAACAAAAUGCCCCGCCACUCAAGCUCCCAGGCCUCUCUGUACAGGAGCUACAGGAGCUGUGCAAAGACUUGCACCGGAAGAUUGACGUCGUGGAUGAGACGCGAUAUGAUCUGGAAAUAAAGGUGUCACGAAAUGAGACAGAGAUCGCCUCCCUGAAUCAGAAGGUCAUCAGCCUGAAGGGGAAGAUGAAGAGACCUAACCUGAAGCGGGUGAAGAAGACCACGGACGACAUGUUCGGAGCCAUCAGCGAUCCAUCCAAACUCAUGAAAUCAGAUUUCAAGGCCAACCUCAAGACUGUCAAAAAGGAGGAGGAGAAGAAGGAGGAGGUGACAGACUGGCGUAAGAACGUGGAGGCCAUGUCAGGCAUGGAGGGCAGAAAGAAACUGUUCAACGCGAAUCAGUGAGCAGUCAACCAAAGAGCACAGGGGGUCUGGGCAUCGUGUUCUUUCAGCUCUAUCUUAUAAGCCAUGCUGUAGUAUUGCAAGCACAUUUUCGUUGAGAUUACUGCAUUCCUUAUUGGGAAGCAAGCAGGUAAGCAUCUCUGGAUAAUGAGAGAUUAUAUAUACUAAGUUUUGAUGUAAGGAUGAUGACAGACUGAAUGACAAUAGCAGUACGGAGCAAAUCACCCAGAUUGUGUGGUUUAUUUGCCAACAGUGUAUGUGUCAUUUUAUGCACAUUUAGUAAAAGCCAUUAAAUGACUGUACUUGGACAAUGA